AUGUGUGAAAUUGAAUUUACCGGUGCACUUCCUGGCCAAGCAGGCGGUCAUGGAAAAAUCAUGCAGUGUUAUGAUAAGAAAUCCAGCACACACUGCAUUGCUAAGCCAGUUGAUCAAAGAGAAGCAGAUGCAUAUAAUAUUUUGCAGAAAACACCACUUGAGCCAUAUGUCCCAAGAUAUUUUGGCAUACACAAUGUUGAUGGCAAGGAUUGGAUUGUAAUUGAAGACCUAACUUAUGGAUUUACUUCACCAUGUGUUGCAGAUUUGAAAGUAGGCACACGUCAUUACGAUUUCUACUCUUCACAAGCCAAGAUUGACUACCUCGUUGGCAAGCAGGUAGGCUCUACAACAAAUUCUCAUGGUGUUCGUGUUAUUGGAAUCAAUCUUCGCAAGGAUAAGCAAGAUAUUUAUGUUCAAGAUAAGAAACAAGGUCUAAAGAACACAGCCGAACAGUUUGUUCAAUCAUUACACACACUUUUACCUGGAAAUUUGAAAGAUAUUUUCCAUAAAAGAUUAACACAAAUCCGCGAUGCAUUUGUCGAGAUGCAGAAGCAAUAUCCUGGCUUCAGAAUUUAUGCAAGCUCAAUUUUGGUUACUUAUGACGGAGAUGCAAAAGAAUAUACCGAAAACAACGUUAAAAUCAUGCUUAUAGACCUUGCACACUUUUACAUAGAUAUAACUAAAGAAGGAGCUGAUUACAACAACCACGAAUUUGAUGAUGGAGUGUUAUUAGGCUUAAAUCACAUGGUUGAGUUUACAAAGUAA